UGGAACGGGUUGAUCAAUUGUCAGGUGAAAAGACAGAAAGUAGCAAGGAGAUUGGGUGAGACGUGAUAAUUGCAAAAGUUGGGUCAAAAUGAUCAAAGUAUCAACGUCACACGAACCUGUUCUCUGCAAGAUGUGCUUCUUGUGGGGUUCGGACGAUAGUAAUCCGAGCGCAAGUCAUGUUCGAUCCCCAGUUUUAACAUAUGAAUCAGGUAAUUCUCUCCACGCGGGGAAAAUUUCAGACAGAACUGCAUUGCAUUGCAUGUCAGUGGAGCAGAUUUGGUGUUGCUGUAUGGUCGGACCACUGUGGUCCGAAGUCGUGUGACUGGGCGGUCUCUUUGUGAUAUUCCAAGGUCUUUCGAUGAUGAGCAUGUACAUAUAUGGACGAUGAGGUGCUGCAAUGUUCCAUGUGCUUUGCAUCCUG